AUGGUUUUGGAAGCUGGUUCAAAUCCGAUAGAAACAAUUAAACAUCCUGGGGAAUUCGACACAAUGUUGAAAACAGUUUUAUAUCCUAAAGAUUUCGAUUCAGUCUCAGGUUGGAUACCCGAUGUUGGUGAUGGAAGUGUUUUAAAAGAACCGGUAAGAAAUCUUGCAAAUGAUGCUGAUUUAGCUAGAGUGACAGUUGUUGCUCGAAACACAAUAGAAAGAGUAGCACGAGCAGCUAAUCAUGGAUUCGAAAAACGAGUACUUCAGUACAAUAAUGCUGUUGAGAAUAAUAGGUGGGGUAAUUACGUAAAUUGGAAAUUAUAUCCUUUAUUCGGUCUGUUGGAACACAGAAAGGUUUCCAUAGUGUUACCAUAUAAAAUUCAUCUACAAAGAGAAAUCAACGAUAAGAUAUUUUUUGGAGAGAAUGGUUCAUAUGCAAAAUUAGAAAUAACGAAUCUCCAACUUUUCAUACCCGUAAUAGCACCAUCAAUUGAAGUAGAAACGAGAAUAUUCAACUCAUUAACUAAAGAUAUUGAAACACGGCCACAUGGCCAAUCACUAACACUAUUAAACCAGCAAGAUAUUUAA